AUGGACCAAUCGCCUGCACCGUCGUUCGACCCUGCACUACUCGACAUGGAGAAUAUGACCUCCGAUAAGUGGUAUUCACUUAUAUACACCAGAAUAGUACAACAGGAAGAUAUUUUUGUUGGUGAUUUCAAAAAGAAAGUAGUCGAAAUCAUGAACAUGUGCAUGAACAAGCCUAAUGCAACAUUAGAAAGUAUACAACAAGAUAUUACAAAUACAAUCAAUGAAUCGCAAUUUGAAUCCGAACACCAAAAAUUUAUUGAUGGUAUAGUUGGAGGUACUUAUGAAUAUCUUUGCCAGUUCAUUAUUAAAAAUUCAAUGGAAAAUAUUAAAAGAACUCAAUGUGCUUUAAAUUGUUUUUCAUUAACAAAUAAUUUAAAUUAUGGUGCAAUAAAAUCAUACUGUAAUGAUAAUAUGUUGUUACAAGGAUCUUCUAAAUUGACUCAAAUCCAAUGUUUACCAGAAUCAAACAAUAAUACAACUGAUUCAGAUAAAGCAAUUCAAUCAUAUAUGUUGAAUAGUAAUUCUCCAAACGAUGAAAAUUCGGUGUUAAAUAUUAAAAAUACCUCCGUCAGUAAAAUAGAAACCACAUCAUUUAAUAACUAUAGGUCAACAUUACAAAUAAACAACUUGACUGUAGAUUGUACAAAUAGUUUACCAUUGUUAGAUAAUAUUCACACUAAUGAUAAUGUGGAUUCUGCUCAUUCAUCAAGAAUUAUCGACGACGAUGAACAAACUACAGAAGCUAUAAUAUCAUUAGCUUUGAAAAUACAACAAACAAAUUUUACUUAUGAUGAUGAAUUUGAAGGUGUUGACAUUAAUGUUAGCAAUGUGCCUACCACUAAUGAAUUUCAAACAACCAUAGAACAAAAUGGAGACCAAAAUACAGAUCCGCUUAAGCUGGAGGAAGAAUAUAAAAUUCAUAACAGUUUGAAACUUUUAGAAACUUUAGUUAAUAUUGAACAUGAUAAAUUGGAAGUUCAAAAAAGUUUGAAAACAGAAAAUGAAACAGAACCAAUUAUUCAGACGAAUGAUAAAAUGCGAUUAAAAAGUACUAAAAAAACAAAUAUCAGGAAGAAGAAAAGUCGAAAAUUGCAAGAAAAUAUAAUUAAAGAAGAAGAAAAUGAAGAAGAAUGGUUGCCAAGUACCGAUAAACAAAAUCGUUGUUCUAAAAAUAAAACUAAAACCAACAAACGUAAAAGCCAUACAGAUAAAGCAUCCAAAAAAAAUAAAAAAGUGAAAGUAAAAAAUACUGUGAACAAUUUAUCUACAAGUAACUCGAGCUGCUCUAUUGAAAUUCAAAAUGAUGAAGAUAUUUCAUUGGCAUUGAAAAGCCCUAGUUACACCAAAAAGCCCGAGACUAUAGUUUCUACUGUCAGAAAUACUAAAUCACUGGAUACUACAAGUUCUGUAAGAACUCAACUGGUAUAUCAUAAUACAAAAGACUGUUUACCAACUAAUGAAUUUAAAGGAUUUUCAGAUAACAUUGAAAGUAUGCCACAUGAUGAAAAAAAAAAUAAUCUUGCAGUUGCUGUUAAUAACUUAAAUGCGUUAUUAAUAAAAACUACUACUGUUGCUUCUACUAGCGGUUCUAAUGAAAAAGAUGACAUUAUUAAAAAUAAAUCAUCAUCUGGUCUCUCGGGUUCAUUAAUGAAAACUUCAGAUUAUAAAAAACUAUAUGAAAAAGACCGUAAAAGUUUAUUCAGCCCUGAUGUUGUCAUUAUUAAAAAUGUACCAUUAAAACCUUCAAAAGAUUUUUCAAAUGACCUACACAUAAAAAAAGAAGAUCAAGAUAAAAAGCCGAAAUCUAAAAUACAUAAGGAAGAAAGUAAUAACAAAACUUCUGAUAAAAAGAGAAAGUUAAGCAAUCCUAAAGUAAAGAGUACUAAUAGAAGUCCUAAAAUGACACAUAAUUCAAAAUCUAAGCCAAAUAAUGCAUUGACAUCAUUAGAACAGAAAUCGUUGUAUAAAAGGUCCAAUAAUAAAUGUAAGAGACUUAAAGUCACUAAUUCUGAAGGCAAAGCUAAGACUAAUUCUGUUAAUAAUGCAAACGAUGAGUCUAAUAAAAAUAUAUCAGAAAACAAAGUUUCCGAUAAUAUUGAUACUUUAGAACUUCAAGCGUUGGAUCGAACAAACUUUUUGGAAAAUAACGAGUUUGGAGAAGGUACUUCAAGACAUCAACAAUUGAACGGAGUGAAUGUUUUUGAAAAUAAAGAGUCUAAUAAGGAUACUUUGGAAUUCGAAGCUGAAUGGUUGAGAAAGAAAUGUGAGCUUUAUAAUAUUAAACCUAUAUGGAUUGUUAUUGAUCCAAACUGUAGAUAUUAA